CAGUAGGCAAGCGACAGGUUCCAUCUGAUGCAUUGCAGAAACUGGCUUGCAUGGAUUAUCUUGAACACAUAACAGCCAUUGGCCCCAGGACUACAGGAAGUCCAGAAAAUGAAAUUCUGACGGUGCACUACCUUUUGGAACAGAUCAAACUCAUUGAAAUUCAAAGCAGCAGCCUUCACAAGAUUUCAGUAGAUGUACAGCGGCCCACAGGCUCCUUUAGCAUUGACUUCUUGGGAGGUUUUACAAGCUACUAUGACAAUAUCACCAAUGUUGUGGUAAAGCUGGAACCCAGAAAUGGAGCCCAGCAUGCUGUCCUGGCUAACUGCCAUUUUGACUCAGUUCCAAGUUCACCAGGUGCCAGUGAUGAUGCAGUUAGUUGUUCAGUGAUGCUGGAAGUCCUUCGAGUGUUAUCAACAUCUUCUGAAGCUUUACAGCAUGCUGUGGUAUUUCUCUUCAAUGGUGCUGAGGAAAAUGUCUUGCAAGCUAGUCAUGGUUUCAUUACUCAGCAUCCAUGGGCCAACUUGAUUCGUGCAUUUAUUAACCUGGAGGCAGCAGGUGUAGGAGGGAAAGAACUUGUGUUCCAGACAGGUCCUGAAAAUCCCUGGUUGAUUCAAGCUUAUGUUUCAGCAGCCAAACACCCUUUUGCUUCUGUGGUGGCUCAAGAGGUAUUUCAGAGUGGAAUCAUUCCUUCAGAAACUGACUUCCGUAUCUACAGAGAUUUUGGAAACAUUCCAGGAAUAGACUUAGCUUUUAUUGAAAAUGGAUACAUUUAUCACACCAAGUAUGACACAGCGGACAGAAUUUUAACAGAUUCCAUUCAGAGAGCAGGUGACAACAUUUUAGCAGUUCUUAAAUAUCUAGCUACAUCUGAUAUGCUGGCUUUUUCUUCCGAGUAUCGACAUGGAAAAAUGGUCUUCUUUGAUGUGCUUGGCCUGUUUGUCAUUGCUUACCCCUGUCGUGUUGGCUCCAUAAUAAACUACAUGGUGGUGAUGGCUGUUGUUUUGUACCUGGGCAAAAAACUGUUGCAACCCAAACAUAAGACUGUUAACUACAUGAAGGAUUUCUUGUAUGGACUUGGCAUCACUUUCAUUAGCUGGUUUACCAGCCUCGUUACGGUUCUCAUCAUAGCAGUGUUUGUGUCUCUAAUUGGACAGUCUCUUUCAUGGUACAACCACUUCUAUGUCUCCGUGUGUCUGUAUGGAACUGCAGCUGCAGCCAAAAUAAUAUUCAUACAUACCCUUGCAAAAAGAUUUUAUUACACAAAUGCCAGUGACCAGUAUCUGGGAGAAGUGUUUUUUGACAUCUCACUGUUUGUGCACUGUAGUUUUCUUGUAAUGUUCACAUACCAAGGACUUUGCUCGGCGUUCAUUAGUGCUGUCUGGGUAGCAUUUCCUUUGCUCACAAAACUUUGCGUGCACAAGGAGUUUAAGCAGCAUGGUGCUCAAGGAAAAUUUAUUGUCUUUUACCUGUUGGGGAUGUUUAUUCCUUAUGUUUAUGCAAUGUACCUCAUCUGGGCGGUAUUUGAAAUGUUUACUCCUAUCCUUGGGAGAAGUGGUUCAGAAAUCCCACCUGAUAUUGUGCUGGCGUCCAUUCUGGCUGUUUGUACGAUGAUUCUAUCUUCCUAUUUUGUGAACUUCAUCUACCUUGUCAGAAGCACAAAAAAAACGCUGUUAUCUCUAACUUUGGUAUGUACGGUUACAUUCCUCCUUGUUUGCAGUGGAACCUUUUUCCCAUACAGCUCCAGUCCUACUAAUCCAAAGCCAAAGAGAAUGAUUCUUCAGCAUAUGACUAGAACGUUUCAUGACUUAGAAGGAAACAUAGUUAAAAAGGACUCUGGAAUAUGGAUCAAUGGGUUUGAUUAUACUGGAAUGUCUCAUAUAACACCACACAUUCCUGAAAUCAAUGAUACCAUUCGAGCUCACUGUGAGGAGAAUGCACCCUUUUGUGGUUUCCCAUGGUAUCUUCCAGUGCACUUUCUGAUCAGGAAAAACUGGUAUUUUCCUGCCUCAGAAGUUUCUCCAAGAAAUCCUGCUCAUUUCAGACUUACAGCCAAAGAACAGACACCUUGGGAUUCUGUAAAGUUGACCUUCGAAGCCACAGGACCAAGCCAUAUGUCAUUCUAUGUUCGAACCCACAAAGGAUGGACACUUUCUCAGUGGUCUCUGGGCAGUGGCACUCCAGUCACGUGUAAAGGGGGAGACUAUUUUGUAUUUUAUUCCCAUGGACUCCAGGCCUCUGUGUGGCAGUUCUGGAUAGAAGUGCAGGUCUCGGGAGAACAGCCUGAAGGAGGAAUGGUCACUGUAGCUCUUGCUGCCCACUAUCAUUCUGGAGAAGACAACAGAUCCUCUCAACUGACUGCUUUGAAAGAGAAGUUCCCAGAUUGGGUAUUUCCCUUUUCCUGGGUGUGCACUUAUAGCCUCUUUGUGUUUUAAUCUUGUGGAUGAACUCUAAGUACACGUCCAGAGGAUACUCCAUGUGAUAGUUUCUCCCCACGUUACAUGGCUGUGUCAUGUAAGUCAAUGAAUUUUAAUGAGCAUAUGUUCAACAAGCUUUUUAGGUUAAUACUUGUUAGGGUCAAGUACACUGGGUGAAACUAGAGAACAGUAAGGCAUGGCCUUUUUGACACUUGAGAAUGCCAGGUUUUU